CCACAUCCCCACAUACCUGGUUCUAGAUUUUAUCCCGAGAAUCCCGUCGCCUAGACAGGUCGAGUCAUCACCAGCAAACAACAAAGUACAGUACCGCCAGGGAAGUUUCUCGACCCGAGAAAAAUACUCUUUACAUGUCGUCACCGGAACUCCACCACUUCGACACAGAAUAUUCCGAAGAGCUCCUCUCAUUACUCCAAAGCCAGGCUCCGUUCACUAGCCAGCAGAGCAUGUCGAGACGGCCCAUCAAGCCCGCUACCGAGCAGCCCAUCAUCCCCGCCACCAUCACCGAUCCCCACAUCGUCGACAAGAAGGUUGAUAUGGGCGUGGGGAUGGAUCUCGGCGGCGGCGUGGACGACGAUGACCUCCUGAGCCCGCAGACACCGACGACCAACAAGAAGCGGAAGGCGGCACAGUCGUCGGCCGCGGGCGGUGGUAAUGCCGGCGGCGGCGGAGGCGGCGGGGGGGGUGCUAGCGGCGCCCUGGCACCGGCGAAGAGACCGCGAACCAACACACCGUGGACGGCGGCCGAAGAGCAACGGCUUAAGGCCAUGCGGGACGCGGGAAACUCCUGGAGCGAGAUCGCGAAGACGUUCCCGACGAGGACCGAGGGAAGUGUCAAGAAGCAUUGGUACAAGGAUAUGCACUAUGCUGAAUUUGGAGAAGACGAAAGUGCCGCCCUUCUCGCGGCUAUCAGAGAAUACGACACCAACAAAUGGAAGGUGAUUGGCCAGAAAGUGGGCAAGCCGGCAAAAGCCUGCGAACAAUACGCCAAAGAGCACUUUGCGGGCAAAUGACCGUCCCCGGCUCAGAACCAGCGUUCGUCCGUGCGGCCGGCCAUAUUGUCACCCAAACCAGUAGUGCGGAUUUCUUGCCCUUCUCGUCACAUCACCUAUCCGGCAUCGGUAGGGAGCUUACCGUUCGUUUUUGGAGAGAUCCUGGAUACUUAGGGCAUUUCGUUUUUGUUUGGUCUCGCUCUCGGGUGGAUCGGAGAGAGGAAGAGGAGGGAAACGGGUCAACAGCAGACAACUC